UACAACGGCAGCAGUCCAGGAGGCGAGCCUUCCGAGGAAGGACGUUUGCAAUCCUGAACUGUGUGACACACCGGAGGCGCCAUGCCAGAUUCGAGACAUCAUAGGCCUCUCAUUGCCUAGGAUUUUCAACUACUCCAGGCCGUCGAAAUGUGGCCUGGAGCAUUACCGUUGAUAGCAUUACUGGCAGCCCUGCUACAUCCGGCAAGAUGUACGCAGCAGAAGGUUAUAAACUUCAGGGAGAAGGAGAAACAAGUAUUGGACAACAUUUUAGGUCCUGGAAGGUACGACGCUCGUAUCCGUCCGAGCGGAGCAAAUGGAACAGAUGGGCCAGCCAUUGUGCGGGUUAACCUGUUUGUGCGAAGCAUAGCGACAAUUAGUGACAUCAAGAUGGAAUACUCUGUUCAACUAACAUUUCGAGAACAAUGGAUAGAUGAAAGACUUAAAUUCAAUGAUUUUGGUGGAAAACUUAAAUAUUUGACAUUGACGGAAGCAAAUAAAAUUUGGAUGCCUGAUUUAUUUUUUUCCAAUGAAAAGGAAGGUCAUUUUCACAAUAUCAUUAUGCCCAACGUAUACAUAAGAAUAUUUCCAGAAGGAUCUGUUCUUUACAGUAUAAGAAUUUCACUCACAUUAUCAUGUCCAAUGAAUUUGAAAUUAUAUCCACUUGACAGACAAGUCUGCUCACUUAGAAUGGCCAGUUAUGGAUGGACGACGGACGAUUUAGUUUUUCAAUGGAAAGAAGGUGAUCCAGUUCAGGUUGUAAAAAAUUUACACCUACCUAGAUUUACACUGGAGAAAUUUCUUACAGACUAUUGUAACAGUAAAACAAAUACUGGUGAAUAUAGUUGUUUGAAAGUUGAUUUGUACUUUAAGAGAGAAUUCAGUUACUAUCUUAUUCAAAUUUACAUUCCCUGCUGCAUGUUAGUCAUUGUCUCCUGGGUGUCGUUUUGGCUCGAUCAAAGUGCUGUUCCAGCUCGAGUUUCACUUGGAGUGACAACUCUGCUGACAAUGGCAACACAAACUUCUGGAAUAAAUGCUUCACUUCCGCCAGUCUCCUACACAAAGGCAAUUGAUAUUUGGACAGGUGUUUGUCUAACCUUUGUGUUUGGGGCACUAUUAGAAUUCGCAUUAGUAAACUAUGCGUCUCGAAGUGAUAUACACCGUGAGAAUAUGAAAAGAGAGUAUCGAGAAAUGGAACAUUCCGCAUCGGUGGAUCCAACCACUGAGCUUUUAGAAGCUGAUGGACCUACCAACUUUGCCAUGGUCAGCCUUGAUCUUAAGCCUCUCGUUCAACAUCCGGCAGACCCAUUGUCUAUGGAUAAAAGACGGCAGUGCAAGAUUCAUAUCCAGGAGCCGCAAAAAAACUGCUGCAGGUCGUGGCUGUCCAAGUUCCCGACAAGAUCCAAGCGAAUCGACGUCAUAGCACGAAUCCUCUUCCCUCUGGUGUUCGCAUUCUUCAACCUCGCAUAUUGGUCAACGUACCUGUUUCGCGACGAAGCGGAGAGCGAUUAAACAUCAACGAGGAAGCGCUUGGAUCAAGGAAUGUGGCUCGCGGCCACCUCAAUCACUCCCAUGCAACGCAUCGCUCAAAUUCACAUCAUCAACGAAACAA